AUGAAAAAGAUAAGCAGUAGUGAUUUUCGACUAGUAUCCAUAGCUAUUGGAGAUUUUAAUGAUGAUAAUAAAUUUGAUUUUGCUGUUGGAGCUAAUUCUCAUCCGAAUUCAAUAGCUGUUGAUGAUUUUAAUAAUGAUAAUCAAUUGGAUAUUGUAGUAACUAAUGAAGAUGUGAAUAGUAUAGGUCUUCUUUUAGGUUAUGGAAACGAAAAUUUUGCCAAUCAAACAAUCUUAUUAAAUCAGUCGGACUUUCAACCCUUUUCUAUAACUAUUGCUGAUAUUGAUCAUGAUCAUUGUUUGGAUAUUAUUGUAGCUAAUCAUAAAAAUGAAAGUAUUAGCGUGAUUUUUGGUGAUGGAAAUGAUAAAGUUAAAUCAAUAAUUCAAUAUUCUAUUGGUUAUAGUUCUCGUCCAUAUUCGAUAGUACUUUAUGAUUUUAAUAAUGAUACUCAUAUAGAUAUAGCUGUUACUGAUGAUGCUACGAAUACUAUUAAUAUUCUGUUUGAAUAUGGAAAUAUUAGUUUCGAAAAAAUAAAUACACUUUCUACAGGAUAUAAUUCUAAACCAUUAUCUCUUGCCGUUGGAGAUUUCAAUAAUGACUUAUUACUAGAUUUAGCUGUGACUUUGACCGGGACUAAUAAUAUUGGAAUUCUUUCAAAACUAUGUUAA